AUGGACCCAGCUGCGUUCGCACAAUCCUCGCCAGAAGAGCAGGCUACAUACCUAGCCGCGCUUUUGGAGGGUCCAGCUCUAGAGCCACCCCUGGGUACGACUUCAAACUUCGACCACCCAGGCGGAAGCCAUGCCAUUGGCUAUGGUGUUGUCUUGCUCGGAAGCAUUGUCGCUGCACUUGCGGUUCUGCUUCGGCUGUGCUCGAGGGCGCUCUUGCGGACAUUUCGAGUGGAGGAUGCGCUGCUGCUAUCGGCUCUGGGUCUCUAUGCUGGACACUCAUAUGUCCUAUAUGAACUCGCGAUAUUCCCAGGCUUCGAAGUUCAUCAGUGGAAUAUCCAGUUAAAAAACAUGUUGCCAAUCCUUUACCAUGUUCAUAUAGGCUCAAUGUUUUACGGCUUGGUCAUCAUGCUCCUGAAGGUAGCCAUCUUGCUCGACUGGCUCAAGACCUUUGUACCUCGUGGCCAGCGCAACGCCAUGUUCUGGAUUUCUCAUGUCAUGAUCUGGGCGAACAUUCUUUUCUAUGGGGUCGGCACCGUGGUCGAGAUCGUCCAGUGCACUCCACGGACCAAGAUAUGGAAUCCUUUGAUAGGAGGAAGAUGCCCGAUCGACAUGAGAAGUCACAACAUGGCUGCGGGUAUCGUCAACCUCAUCUCCGACCUAGUCAUCCUAGGGCUGCCGCAGAGGGUGAUCUGGCAGCUGCACAUGUCGCGCGCCAGCAAGAUUGGUGUAUCGCUUCUCUUCGGUGUUGGUAUAUUCGCCUGUGCCAGUGCAGCGGUGCGCCUUUAUUACAUCUACAGACUAUUGCACACAUCCGACCAGCUGUAUAUAGUCUCCAUCGCGGGUCUUUGGGGUGUAGGCGAGAUGACGGCUGGAUUUCUCAUCAUAGGCUUCCCAUCGCUUCCUAAAGUCGUCAAGGCCCUGCCGUUCUCGGAUUCUGUCGUCUCGCUCUUGCGACAGAUAACGCGGCCGGGCUCAAGCGGUCAGGGCGAGACGCGUCGCGGGUUGCCGUCGUGGCACAAAGCCGCACCGCCAAAGAAGCGUCGCGACCAGUUCGAUGUCAGCGAGGUGAGCGAGUAUGAUCUUCCGAGGGCUCACAUGAACGACAGGCGCUAG